GGACGAGGCUGUGAUCUAGGCUGCAGUCCAUGGGUGAGGAGUCCGUCGAUGUCGCCCCGUUCUUGGGACCAGCCUCCCAUGUGUCGAAAUGGGUCUUCACGAAGGAUGAGCUGCAGCGGAGGAGGGCUGCCGCCAACCAAGAUGCCUGCGGGAGAACAAACGAGGCCAUCGACCACGGUGAGUGUGAGCAGCUGCAGCUGGCGCGCCAUGCAGUAAUGAAUGUGUGGCUUUCGCUUCAUCUUGCGUGUGUGUGCUGCUGGUGGGGACAGACAGGAAGCUUCGUCAGCAGCGAGAUCAGGGUGAGCGUCUGGCGGUGUCGCUUGAGGAGGAGCUGAUGCUGACGUCCUACUACAGCCACCGCCUCCUCAGCCUCUGUGAUCACAAGAAAUACAGCUUCAGAGUCAAGGUGGGUGUGACCCGGCAGACAGGCAGGAGGGGAGCACUGUAUGGUGUGUUCUUGGUUGCAGACGACUUCCACGAUGUUCUUCAAGCGGUUCUUCGUCAACCGUUCCUGCAUCGACUACGACCCCCUGCAGAUACUGUGAGCGAGCGAAAGAGCGACAGUGUCAGUCAGCCCUCCAAGAGCGAAAGAGCGCAUCCGUAUCUAUGUGUGUGUGUCAGUGUGGUGUGCAUCGUGUUGGCGCACAAGGUGGAGGAGCUCCACGAUGAGGACCUCAAGGCUCUCAUACACGGACUCAAGGUCCCCCUGAAGGGUGGGUGCGGAGAAGCAGACAAGCAAGACAGACAGCACUAAUGCACAUUCGUUUGGGCUGUGUGUGUGUGUGUGUGUGUGUGUAUUGGUCAGUGAUAGUUGACCUCGAGAUAGAGGUGCUUGAGGCGCUUGACUUUGAGCUGCUCGUCACCCACCCACGAUUCGCCAUCCGAGAAAUGGUCGACGACUACCACACGGUCAGCACGAGUCGGUGAGAGGGUGGGGUCGGUGAGGGCGUGGGCAUGGCACUGUAUGUCUGAUUUAUUUAUUUGUCAGUGGUGUGGUGAGCACGCGGUGCCUCAGUUACAGAAGGAGGAUGCACUGCAGCUGGUCGAGGGCGCCGAAGGACUCGCGCUGCAGCUAUACGAAACCGAGUCAGUCAGACGACGCCACACUGUCGCCCACACAAUAGAUAAAUAAAUGCCUCCGUCCAUCCAUCGUGUGUGUGUAUACUGACUGACCCCCAUGCCUCCCUCCGUUGCUGUGCUGUCCUGUGUUGACAUCCCCAGCAUCCCCCUGCUAUGCACACCAGCCCAUAUCGCCGUGGUGAGCGUCAAAAUCACAGCCGAGAACAACAAGCUCGAUCUCAGUGACAAGUAGGGAGGGACGGACGGACCGGGUUGGUGGGCAAGGGCCCUUCUGUCAAACAGGACUCAUUAAUGUGUGGCUGCCCUCUUCACGGUUGCAGGUUCAUUGAGGAGUGUUUCGCAUCGAGAGGGGUCGAGCUCGCCGCUGUCGAGCAGAAGGUCAAAUUCAUCAGGGUGAGGCCGGCAGCAAGACUGUCGACUGAUGGAUGUGUGUGUGGGUGUUGUCUGUCUCAGGAUGCAGCAGCGUCGAUCAAGAGGCAUGGGACAGACAGCCCAGAGGCGACGAAAGAACAGGCAGGACAUUGACACGCACAAGGAAGGCAUGACAUGACAGCCAUCGAUAGAUUGUGUGUGUAUGGGUGCAGGAGGCGGCAGCCAAGAUCUUCAAGCGGUGUCAGAGCUGCAGGAAGGCCAUCAAGAGGCUUCGGCAUCACAAGGAACAAAGCGCAGAGUACGCAAACACACACACACACGGCAGGCGCAGCGCGCCUCCAUUGACCUGUGCGGUGUGAUCUGACCUGGGCAGGUCGGUAAAGGCGGGAGGCGUCAAGACAGAGGGUGACAACGGCAGCGAGAAGAAAGGCAAGCGCGACAAGAAGGAGAAGAAGCGCAAACACGGAGGUGAAUGCCGACACGGCACAUCACCGAGGCAGCAACACAGACAUGCAACGAACGACCUGUCUCCCUCCCUCCCUUGCUUGCCGUGCGCACCGAUCAGAUGUCGCCUUGGGUGGUGAUGCGACGGACGACGUCAAGCGGCUCAAGAUUGAAGACGACCGACCACAGCCAUCGCCGUCAGAUGGCUGAGAGUGGCUGAUAUGAUUGAUGUUGGAUGAACGGUCCGAUACUUGUGGAUACGCGCGAGGGGGAUGGAUCUUUUCAUACCCCCUGUGAUGACCAGUUGAAUGAAAUGAUGCAGGGCAGGGACACGAGCAGCUGAGUGAGAUGAUGUGAAAGGGGCAAUCACAGCUGCGCUGAGUGUCUGUACGUGCCAUGCAUGUGCGCAACGCAUCCCACACACACGGAUGGAUGGAUGGAUGGACGGAUGUACCUGUCUGUUGUGGGAGUGACUCAUCAUUCUCCCUGAAGCCAUCAAUCACCU